UUUUUUUUUUUUUUAUGCUAGUGACCAGCAACACUGUCUACUUUUGGUAGACAGAUUUAUAGAAAUCCACUCAUCGUUUUAUAUGUCUGAAACAGCAAGUCCACUUUGCCAUUUGGACUAGUUGCAUAUUUCUGUAAUAUUGCAGGGUAGAAAGACUGUCUGUAUUGAAUUUAAAUUUAAAAUACAACUGCACUUUUUAUGAUUGUCCUUUUAACAGAUUUUAUCUAAAAUAUAUUUUUAGCAAUGCAAACUGAUUCUGUCUCAUGCAGUUAAGCAGUUCUGUCAAAUAUUGUUGUAUAUUCUUUUGUGCUGACAUUUUAUUGGAAAAUGAUCCUAUCCACACUCCAAAUGAAUUCCAUAACUUUACAAGAUGAUGCUGAUAAUGUAGAUGAUUUUGUGCAGACAGAUAGACACCGGAUAGAACCCCAUAACCCCUCACUCGUUCCCCAUCCCACCCCUAAGACCCCCAUAACCCCUUCGAUCCAUUCCACACUCACUUUUUGGCUGCUAAUGGAACUCAUUUCUUAGAAAAAGUGUCUGUGGGAUCGGAUAGCCCAGAUCUAAAAUAUCGUACCCCAGAUUUCACGAGCCCAGAACUAGUUGGCUGGCCUCAGAUUUAUUGUACCUUGCCGUUCUGGAAGAAGAUUGUAUGCAUGUGGUCAGUAGCGAGGAGCCUGCGACCCAACCUCCCUCUCAUGUUACGCCCUAUAUAUAACAUCCAUUCCUCCAGCACCUCUGUUCAACCCCCCUCCCUCGUUCCCUCGCUCCAAUUCCACUUCUCUAGAAGCGCUGUAUCCAGUCGGGCCCAGACGGCUCUAUCUUUCCCUCUCUUUCUCUCUCUCUCUCCCGUCUGUCACCCGAGCUUCCUCUUGCAGGCUGUGUGUGUUUACCCUCUUUUUCGGCCUGGCAACGGGGCUGCAUGCUCAGGAUUACCGGAGGCCUUGCCUUUCAUCGCUGCCCGCUCCCUCUUCCUUUCGCCGUUGACUUCUGGACUACGGUGAGUACGGGUGUGAGGCUGUGUGUUUUGGGGGCUUCCCUGGUUUCCUGUUCGUGGAGUUAAGUGGAUUUGUAGAUACUAAAGAGACAUGGAUCACUCUCUGUUUGGAUGCCUUCGGAGCCCGCAUGCCCCAUCCCAAGCCCUGCACCCAGCAUUCAACCAGUCCUCCCUGGCCCUGCACGGCCGCUCAGACCACAUCUCCUACCCCGACCUCCCGGGACCCUCGCCGCCCUGCGGCUACACAGGGGAGGAGAGUGGCUUCGGAGGACCUCAUGUCAGAGUUCAUCCCGCUCCGCAGCAUCUACACCACUCGCAGCAUCAGCCUUCCUGGCACGUGCCACAGAUGCCAUCGAUCGACAGUGAGCACCACGGCCUCUGCCUGCCGCACCCUGACGCCGCGGCUCCAGAACUGCGCAGUGCAGGAGGAGCGGGUUCGCAGGGCCUGUGCGAGGGUAACCCAACACUCUCUGGAAGUGACCCUUCUGGGGUGUCGUGUGUGUCUGGAAAAUACGGGAGACAGACCAUGUCACCUGUUGAGCCGGAGCAACGGAAUAGCAAAGGAAAGAGUGACAGUUCAGAUUCCCAGGAUGGGAGCUAUAAGUCAGAUGUGAGCAGCAAACCUAGGAAGGAGCGCACAGCCUUCACCAAGGAACAGAUUCGAGAACUGGAAUCAGAAUUUGCUCACCACAACUAUCUGACAAGGCUUAGACGUUACGAAAUCGCUGUCAACCUUGACCUCACAGAGAGACAAGUAAAGGUGUGGUUCCAGAACAGACGGAUGAAGUGGAAGCGAGUGAAGGGAGGUCAGCAGGGAGCCGCUGCGCGGGAGAAAGAACUGGUGAACGUGAAGAAAGGCACUCUCUUGCCAUCUGAGUUCUCCCCAAUGGUUGGACUACACCAUCCCAUCGGUUCGCCCAGCAAUGAGGACGACAGUCACGACAGCGACCAGAGCUCUGAGCACGCGCAUUUAUGAUGCCCACACUCCAUCCGGUCACAUUCUGCCAACUUCCUCAGGAAUCAACUAUGUUGGUACUCCGAAGGCUUUUAACAACUAGUACUGGGCCGCGUUGUGUUAUUUCAUUCUGAGUGGUUAGGGUUAGCUCUUGGACUGUGAAACAGACAGGGUCGCAAACCAGAGCUCUGCCCCCACUGGCACCGAACUUUGAAGAGUAGUGUAAAUAGUCAAAGGGGUUUAAAAGUGGCCACAUUUUUGAAGAGACUAUAUGCAUUUCAACCGAUUUUAACAUUGUAAAUAAAUGUAAGUUUGAAUGUUGUAAACAUUCCACAUGAGUGCCUUUGAGAGGAUCUUUGCACUGUUUAAAUUUUUGCUCUAACGGUUUGCUACUGUAUUUAGACACGGAUUUACCGUAGAUAAAAAUACCAUUAAUUAAAAAUACAUCGACAUAAUCUGUGACGGCACAGAA